CUUAACAUCCAUUUUCAGCAGUGCUUGUUUUCCGUGCGGUGCAGUAGAUGUCCAAGGAAAGGAGGGAGAAGUCGCCUCAGUCCAAGGAAAAAAACUCCCACAGCUCACACAACUCCCGCUACAGACCUUAUCACAACCAUAGGAAACACGGUGCAAUUAACAAUGGGAAACGAAUUCCAGAUAGAUGGUUGAAUUAUGAUCCAGUUGGUCGGGAUCUUGAGGGAACUCCGUUCGUGCCAUUCAAAACACCUCUUGACAAAUCUUUUUUCAUUGGAAAGGAGGACUUAUCCGAAAGUGAAUGCUUCGACGUUGACCGGAUAGUGAAAUAUGCUAGGGAGCAGGGUAAAACGAUAGGACUCGUUGUUGAUCUCACAAAUACGGACAGGUACUAUAAGAAAACUGAUUGGGAUGAGUACAACAUAAGAUAUGUUAAAAUGAAUUGCCCGGGACAUGAAGUGAGCGACCGCGAAGACAUCAUUCAAAAGUUUAUGGAAACUGUUGACGAUUUUGUUGGCAACCCUGACAAUAGUGAUAAAUUGAUAGGCGUGCAUUGUACCCAUGGAUUGAAUCGUACUGGUUACUUGAUAUGUCGCUAUCUCAUUGAGCGGAAAGGAUGGUCUGCUGCGCAGGCAAUAUCAUUGUUUGAGUUUUCGCGUGGUCAUCCUAUCGAACGCGGACACUACAAGAAGAGUUUGUACGAAGCUGAGGAACGGAUACGAGAGAAUGCGCUGUCAACGAAAUCAGCAAACGGACAAGCAUGAUCAACGAGCAACGGAUCCUGUGCCUGUGAAUAAUCGCUAUCUAUCUGGUAAUGCAUCUCUGUCCAUGAUCACUGUGCAUUUUUGCUGUUGUUGAGAAUCAAAUUUUGUGUGUACGGGUCUCUAGCAUCUUGAAGUUUUUGAACUUGGGAAAGAUGUGUGUUUGGUUACGCCAUUCAAAAUGUUGUUCUCUUAUGCUCUGCUUACCCGAUCAUUGUUAACAUCAUUCAAUCCCAAAUCUGGUGAAUAUCUCUGGCAAUAAAAAGGUGAAUUACGAACACU